ACUUCCAAGAAGGAGGGACUUUGUCACGUGACUCCCAACCGCCUUCUGCCUCAUCAAACCUAUCAAAAUAAUAAUAAUGAAAAUUAAAAUAACUGCGGAGCUGCUGCCUGGUGACGCCGGGACCACAGGGAAGAGGCUGGGAGAGAGACGGCAGGCCGGACACCGCGAGGAGCAGGCUGCCCGGGGGCGGGUGGAGAGGCCUCGGUCUGUGCUGGUCACGUGGUGCUGCGCUGUAGUGUUUCCCAGGUAAAGAUGGCGGCAGUGAGGUAGAAAGCGGCGGCUCGGAGCAACAACAGCAGUUCAGUGCUACGGCAGCGAGUGAGGGAGCCCGGCGCCGGGAGCAGCACGAUGAUGGAUCCAGGGCAAGAUUUGUUGCUCGCUGCUCUAAGUGAGUGCGGCAUCAGCCCCAAUGAUCUUUUUGAUGGUGAUUCCUUGGAUAUAGGUGUCAUUGCUCCUGGGCCAGUCCCAGUCAACCAGCAAGCUGUGCCAAUCAGUGUAUUAGGAGGAAAUAAAGAGAGUGAAGCAUCCGUUUCUGUGAAGCAUGAACCAGUGUCUGUAUCCCCAGCACUAUUAAAUGUCAGGCCUCCAUCCACUACAACAUUUGUGUUGAAUCAAAUUAACCAGUUGCCAACACUUGGUAAUACAAUAGUUAUGACAAAAAAUCCUCCUGUUACUACCACUCGCCAAACUAUCACGGUAACAAAAUUCCUCCAGACCAGUGCUACAACGAGACCAUCCACCACUGCACCAGUAGUCAAAACCACUGUGUCUGCUGUCCCGGCUAAAGAACAAAUUCAGCUGAAAGAUCUGCUGAAGAACAGCAGUCUAAAUAAGUUAAUGAAGUUAAAACCACCUCCUAACAUUGCACAACCAGUUGCAACAGCUGCAAAAAUUGUAAUAUUCUCUCCAAAGGUGGUAAGUGCCACCACAUCAGCUGAUCUACUCAACGGUACAAAGAAAGAUAUUUCCAAUAAGGAAGUGACAAGAAUAUGGAUUAAUGAUGAUAUUAAAAUGAGAAGUUUUUCUCCAACAAAUAAAGUGAAAGAGGAGGAUGAACCGGAGGAAGAAGAUGAAGAAGAAAUGGGCCAUGCAGAGACUUAUGCUGAAUACAUGCCAAUAAAACUUAAAGCUGGGCUGCGGCAUCCUGAUCCUGUUGUAGAAACCAGCUCCUUGUCCAGUGUGACCCCUCCAGAUGUUUGGUUUCAGACCUCUAUUCCCGAGGAGACCGUUGAUAAUGGCUGGCUGUCUGCUCUGCAAUUAGAAGCAGUCACUUAUGCUGCACAGCAACAUGAAACCUACCUUCCUAAUGGAGAGAGAGCUGGAUUCUUAAUUGGUGAUGGUGCAGGAGUUGGGAAGGGAAGAACCAUUGCUGGGAUCAUAUUUGAAAAUUACUUGUUGAGUAGGAAAAGAUCCUUAUGGUUUAGUGUCUCAAAUGACUUAAAGUAUGAUGCAGAAAGAGACUUGAGAGACAUUGGGGCAAAAAAUAUUCUAGUACAUUCUUUAAACAAGUUUAAAUAUGGUAAAAUUUCUUCUAAGCAUAAUGGCAGUGUAAAGAAGGGAGUUAUAUUUGCUACAUAUUCAUCUCUUAUUGGUGAAAGUCAGUCCGGUGGUAAAUACAAAACGCGCUUAAAGCAGCUUCUUCACUGGUGCGGAGAGGACUUUGAUGGUGUUAUUGUAUUUGAUGAAUGUCACAAAGCUAAAAAUCUGUGCCCAGUUGGUUCUUCAAAGCCAACAAAGACUGGUUUAGCCGUGUUAGAGCUUCAGAACAAACUACCUAAAGCCAGAGUGGUAUAUGCUAGUGCCACAGGUGCCUCUGAGCCAAGAAACAUGGCUUAUAUGAGUCGCUUGGGAAUUUGGGGUGAAGGUACUCCUUUUAGAGAGUUUAAUGACUUUAUCCAGGCGGUGGAAAGGAGGGGUGUGGGUGCAAUGGAAAUUGUAGCCAUGGAUAUGAAGCUGAGAGGCAUGUAUAUAGCAAGACAGUUGAGCUUCACUGGCGUCACCUUUAAAAUUGAAGAAGUUCCCCUCACCCAUGACUAUGUGAAAAUGUACAAUAAAUCUGUCAAGCUGUGGGUAUUGGCCAGAGAGAGGUUUCAACAAGCUGCUGACCUAAUUGAUGCAGAACAAAGAAUGAAGAAGUCAAUGUGGGGUCAGUUCUGGUCAGCACACCAGAGGUUCUUCAAAUAUCUCUGCAUAGCAUCCAAAGUUAGAAGAGUAGUACAGCUUGCUCGUGAAGAAAUAAAAAAUGGCAAGUGUGUAGUUAUUGGUCUUCAGUCCACUGGAGAAGCAAGGACUCUGGAAGCUUUGGAGGAAGGGGGUGGAGAGCUGAAUGACUUUGUAUCUACUGCAAAAGGAGUACUUCAGUCUCUGAUUGAAAAACAUUUUCCUGCACCUGACCGGAAGAAACUCUAUAGUCUGCUAGGUAUAGACAUGACCGCACAAAGCAAUAACAAUUCUCCCAGGGACAGCCCCUGCAAAGAUAGCAAAACAAAGAAGCGGAAAGGUGAAGUGCUUUUACGAGAAGCCAAAAAGCCAAGGAAAACAAGAGGACUUGCUGGCAGCAGCUCAGAUGAGAUAGAUAGUGGGUCAGACUCCUCUGAUAAAGAGGCUGAGAGUGAAAGUGAAAGCUUUAAGUCUAUGAGCUCUGGAGAUGAUGAAGAUGACUUUAAUCCAUUUAGAGAUGAAUCCAGUGGGGAUGAUGAAGAUGAUCCCUGGCUGAUUAGAAAAGAACAUAAGAAAAGUAAGGAUAAAAAGAAGAAAAAGAAAAGCAUUGAUCCGGACUCCAUUCAAAGUGCCUUAUUAGCUUCCGGGCUUGGAUCGAAACAUCCCAGCUUUUCAUCUGCUGUUAAAUCUGCUCCUAUCAGUACAGCUCCUUGCCUACCAGCCAUUUCUAGUAAUGCCAUUUCCAGUAAUACCAAUACCAGUAACAGCUGUGUGACCAGUCAAGAUGCAGUGGAGAGGGCUCAGCAAAUGAAGAAAGAACUGCUGGAUAAACUAGAUCAAUUGGCAGAAGCUCUUCCUCCAAACACGUUGGAUGAGCUUAUUGAUGAACUUGGAGGGCCUGAUAACGUGGCAGAGAUGACUGGACGGAAGGGCAGAGUUGUCAGCAAUGAUGAUGGAAGCAUAUCUUAUGAGUCCAGGUCAGAACUUGAUGUACCUGUUGAAAUUCUAAAUAUAACUGAAAAGCAGAGGUUCAUGGAUGGUGAAAAGAAUAUAUCGAUCAUCUCAGAAGCUGCUAGUUCUGGAAUCUCAUUACAAGCUGACCGCAGAGCUAAGAAUCAGAGGCGAAGGGUGCACAUGACACUGGAAUUGCCUUGGAGUGCGGAUCGAGCCAUUCAGCAGUUCGGCAGAACGCACAGAUCUAAUCAAGUAACUGCUCCGGAAUAUGUCUUCCUAAUCUCUGAGUUAGCUGGAGAACAAAGAUUUGCUUCAAUUGUUGCAAAAAGACUGGAGAGCUUGGGCGCCUUAACACACGGUGACAGGAGAGCAACAGAAUCCAGGGAUUUGAGUCGCUUUAACUUUGAUAACAAGUAUGGUAGAAAUGCUUUGGAAAUUGUUAUGAAAUCAAUUGUAAAUCUCGAUGCUCCUUUGGUAUCUCCGCCUUCCGAUUAUCCUGGUGAUUUCUUUAAAGAUGUUCGCCAAGGAUUAAUUGGAGUUGGGCUAAUAAAUGUUGAAGACCGAUCUGGGAUUUUGACUCUUGAUAAAGAUUACAACAACAUUGGAAAAUUUCUUAACCGUAUUUUAGGCAUGGAAGUGCACCAACAAAAUGCACUAUUUCAGAACUUUUCUGACACGCUCUAUGCUGUUAUACAGAACGCUAAGAAGAAUGGCAAAUAUGACAUGGGAAUUUUAGAUCUUGGUUCUGGGGAUGAAAAAGUAAGGAAAGCUGAGGUUAAGAAGUUCCUGACUCCAGGGUAUUCCACCUCAGGUCAUGUGGAAUUGUACACAAUAAGUGUAGAAAGAGGAAUGUCUUGGGAGGAUGCAACCAAAAUCUGGGCUGAACAAAUUGGACCAGACGAUGGGUUUUAUUUAUCACUUCAGAUAAGGAAUAACAAGAAAACAGCUAUUUUAGUUAAAGAAAUUAACCCAAAAAAGAAACUUUUCCUGGUGUACAGACCCAACACAGGAAAGCAGCUGAAACUCGAAACAUUGUCAGACUUGAAAAAGAAAUAUAAGAAGGUAAUAUCUGAUGAUGCCUUUUCUCACUGGAAAGAACAGUACACCUCAUCUGCUGACAUAUGCACACAUGCUUAUUGGAGAGGUAAUUGUAAGAAGGCGAGUUUGGGACUGGUCUGUGAGAUAGGCCUGCGCUGCCGGACGUAUUAUGUCUUAUGUGGUUCUGUUCUAAGUGUGUGGACUAAAGUGGAAGGCGUUCUAGCCUCAGUCAGCGGCACAAAUGUAAAAAUGCAAAUAGUUCGAUUGCGAGCUGAAGAUGGGCAAAGAAUUGUUGGUCUAAUCAUUCCAGCAAACUGUGUAUCGUCACUUGUAACACUGCUCUCCACUUCAGACCAAUCUCAGCAGAUUGCAGUCCAACAGCAGCAGAUGUGGCAACAACUUCACCCACAGAGUAUCAGCAACUUCAGCAGCCCGUAGAAAAUGUGCCCAUCAGAGACUAGAACAUAGUAGAAAGAAACUGAAGAAUUGUGACAGUGCACAUGAAUCAGGGACAGAUUCCAAAGAGUUCAGUCUACUUGUGCAUAGAUGGGUGCUCUAUUGUGGCGGACACCAGGACUUUGCAUACUCCUCGUGGCAAUCUGCAAGUUCCUUUUAUAGUGGCGCAUACAUCUCUGUUUUCUUUGACUUUUGGUGCUUCUCAUAAGCUCCAGUUUCCAUAGUCCUUAACUUUCAUUUUCUGUUUCUUUUUAUUUUGAACAUCUUUUUAGUUUGUCGUUACUAAGUGGAGUGGUAGCUUGGAAGUCGAUCCACGCUUCUUUCUCAUUUUUCAUUCAUUUCCCAUACAGUGCUCAGGGUCUUAUUUGGAAAUCAAUAAUAUUUAAAGGGGAGCUUUCCCUAAAUGCAUGUACAUGAAAGGUCUGAUACAUAAACCAAUAUAUGUAUAUAAAAGGUUGUCCUCACUUGUGUAAUAAGGAUGCAUGCUUUCAUAAAUGCACUGUAUUUAAAAAGGGUAUAUUUGUGUUUCUCCCCCACAUUGGUUAAUGCAGUGCAUGUCUUGGAAAGCAUGAAUAGAAAGGCUUUGAAAGUCCUGUUCUAUAGGGAACAAUCAGUUCCCAAACUCCAGUCAUCCAAUUUUAUUUUUACAUAGUAUUUUAAAUUUAACUAUUUAAUUUCAGUGCAUUUUCUUCUCUGUGAAAUUAUAUUUCAACACAUUUGCUCUUAAAAUUUGUGAUGAAAGGGUAAUGUUUUAAGUGUAAAAAUAACAUUUUGUAGUGUGCUGCAAAAAGGGCUUUUUGUUUGUUUGUUUUUUUAUCCCCCAUGUCAUCAAAAUGGGAACAACACAAUCACCCUUUUUUAUUUAUUUUUAAUUUUUGUUUUUUUGGGUUUUUUGUUUUCAAUUUACACAUUGCUUCUUGUAAUUUAAUAAUGACAAAUUUGACUGGUGAGAUACGACACAUCUUGGGUUGUACACUGUUCAGUAGAUCACUCAAGGCUCCCUGCUGUGUGUUUUGCCUUCUCUGUAACUUGAAUACCAUUUACUAUUCUGUAAGACAUUGUAGAGUUUUCUUGAGCUGUUUAAAAUUGUAAUGUACAAAUGUGAAUAGUUAUCUAUAAUAUGGGUAAGGUGUUUUUUUGCCUCCAAUAGUAUGUGUUUAUAAGGAUGUGAUAAGGACAAUGUUUGUCAUUUCUUGCUUGCACAGGUUGCACUAUUGAACGUUUUGAGACUGUAUUAACCUGUCUGGGGAAAAAGGAAAAACUGCCCUACGAGGUAUUCACACCUUGGAGGGGCGCAAAUAAAACUCAUUGUACUAACUGAA